UGACUCAGUUUGGUGAUUUCCGUAAUGUAUGUUCUAUCCACCUCCGACGUCUUUUCCUAAUUUUCUCCUCAGCUGGAAACUGGCUUGUUCUCUCCCACAGUAGGCUGUUACUGGUGGUAUCAGGUCAACAACGGACAUUGAGUAUCUUGUGUAGAUAACUGUUUAUAAAUACUUGUACUCUCUUGAUGAUGGUUGUGGUAGUUCUCCACUUUUUAGCUUCAUACAGUAAAACUAUCUUGAAGUUCGUAUCGAAUGUUUUGACUUUGAUAUUGUUUGAUAAUUGUUUUGAGUUCCAUAUGUUCGUCAAUUGUAGGGAUGAUUCCCCUGCUUUGCCAAUCCUUGCCUUUAUGCCUGUAUCAGAUUCUCCUUGUUCAUUGAUGAUGCUGUCCAGGUACGUGGAAGUUUUCACUUUUUCUAGAGUUUCUCCAUCAAGUGUGAUUGAAUUAAUGUCAUCUGUGUUAUAUUUGAGGGUCUUGCUUUUUCCCUUGUGUAUGUUGUGGCCUACUGAUGCAGAGGUCGUAGCUACACUGUUUGUCUUCACCUUCAUUUGUUGGUGUGUAUAGAAUGAAAGAACUAGGUUAUUUGUGAAGUCUAAAUCGUCUAGCUUCAUUCAAGCUGUCUGCCCCAAAGGCACUGGUACGGCCGAGAGUGAGGAGAGUCCGCUCUCCCCCUCGAAAUGCUCUGACAUGGCGACGAGUAUAUAGCCUCUGCCAGGCGAGCCCUACUCACUGCCUUCUCGUGGUAGGGGUGUUGUUUACGAAAUUUAGAGGACGAAAAGCGAAUGUCCGAUGCUUUAACCGGGU